AUCAGUAGCCAUUUGAGGGAGCCCAUGGGAUAUCUGCUGCAAACUGUCCCAUGUUCUGUUUCUGUUGUCUGGAUCAGGCAUUUUCUACAGAUGACCACCUGAAUCCUCCUCUCUACCGUUCUCCAACUGUAUACUGCCCUGUACUGUACGCUGCCUGCCAAAAUGGACCCAGGUUAGUCUCUGUUCAUGCCCUAAGGCAUAUUUAGUCCUACAAACCAAAAUGGUAAUUUAUUAUUGUAUAAAAUGUGUGAAACAGUGUACUUUGGGAGAAAUGGGAAUUUAAAUUGAAUGAUUAGGAUUACACAGAAACAAACAACAAACAUUACAAAAUGAGAUAAGCUGUAUGCAUUGAGUUUAUUUAAAACAAAAGAAGAUGGGAUUGUAUAAAACAAUGAAUAUUCAGCAACACUUUACUUGACACCAAGCGUUAUAACACAUUAUGACACGGUCAUAACCAUGUCAUAAUAUGUCUCAACAGCUGACAGAACUUGUCAUAACCUGUUAUAAUAUGGUCAUAACACUGUCAUGGCACAUAUAUUUAGACCUGUUGUGACAUAUAUUGCAUUAUUUUAUGGUUGGUUAUGACACAUACAUAUGACUGUAAAAACCCACAAAACCUACCACGGUAGUUAUUUUAUGGCUGGUUAUGACACCUACAUAAGAGUGUCAAAACCCACAAAACAUUCCAUUACACCAUAGCCUACAUGUCAACAGUAUGUUUAUGUUGUAUAUAUAUAUAUAUUUUUUUUUUUUAAUUGACCAUAUUAAAUGAUCACUGUAAUUGCACACAUUGAUGUCAGACAUGCACCUACCCCAAUGCUCUGUUGCUGAUGACUGGGAUGAAUGCAGGAGCAGAUUUCAGGAGCAGGACAAGACACCCUCUUUUUGACUGAUGACUGAUAUAAGGGCAUGUAUGUGAUAGGCCUAUCUGGCUUAUAUGAUUAUGAUGUCAUAAUGCUUCUUGACAGUGUCAUAAAGUGUAUUUUCUUAGUUCAAGUAAAGUGACACAGGAUGGUCAUAAUGCUUCUUGACAGUGUCAUAAAGUGUAUUUUCUUAGUUCAAGUAAAGUGACACAGGAUGGUCAUAAUGCUUCUUGACAGUGUCAUAAAGUGUAUUUUCUACAAGUUAUUUAAAAUAUGAUGAAAAAAACAUGACUGAUUACAACAACAACAAUAGAUUUAAGAAACAACAUUUUAAGUGAAAAGAAACUUCUUGGCAGAGAAAAAACUAAUUUGAAUAAAUGUGGGUUUUGACACUCUUAUGUGGGUGUCAUAAUCAGCCAUAAAAUAAUGCAAUUAAUGUCACAACAGGUGUAAAUAUAUGGGUCAUGACAAUGUUAUGAAGAGAAAUUAGGUUGCUGUUAUUGCUCUAUUUAACCUGCAGAAUGUUCAGUGAUGCACAGGUCCAUUAUACAUUAUUUGACCCAUCUACAAGUACAAAUUGAUUCUACAGGAUCUCAGUUGGUUUUAAAUCUACAAAUCUAUCUUUGUGGGCCGAAGUCUAAACCCUCUCUCUCCUAGGCAUGCAACACUAGAGCAGCCUGGAUGCCUUGGCUGGGGCUCUGCCCUGCUGUUUGUUCUGUGGUCUCAGUCAGUCGGCAAGCUCCUCCCCCCCGAGCAGAAACUCAAUAAGCCAUGACAAACCACACCGGCAGCUGGAGAGUGACACUGAAUAACCACACUCAUUUUGCCUGAUCCUUUUAGUUAAUCAGAUACACUGUUUUCCACUGUAGAACCCAAAGUGGGUCAGUCAACUUUCCCAGAGAAACUUGUGAGAGUUCCUCUAUUUACUUAUUACAGAUCACAUUACCAUUUCCUUUAAAAUAAGUCAUUCAUGAAUAAAGUUAGUAAUGUAUUCAUGGCUACAUAAUCGCUGUAGAUAACCAACUUUCAGUCAUGUUUUUCAUUGCCAGUUGACUAAGAAUUACAGUCAGCCGUCAUCAUAUCUAUCCUUCCUCUUUCUACUCAUUAGUCAUUCAACCAUCCGGCCCUGAGAGCCAGGCCAUGUCCAGUGGGAGGACAGCAGUGCAGGAGGGAAACUCAGGAACCCAAGACCAUGUUGGACGUACAAGUUUACCUGUCCAAACCACCCAUCUGUCAUCCAUCAGUGACAGUGUCCACACUGUCUGUCCUCCAGUGCCUAAGGCAGACAGUACUUUUGCUGCCUGUCCGCCAUACAGAGCUCACAGUGACAGUGAUGGGAGGUUAACCAGGGAGGAGCUGCUAGGCCAGACUGACCUAGCAGGAGGGACGCCCUCGACUGUGUGUCAACCACAGAUCUCCUUGGUCCAACCAGACAUGACAGCAUCUACCCCAUCAGAGGAGCCCCCACCCUACAGCCCACCUGACCCCAAGAUGGCCUACAUUAUUUACCCUCCACAACCACCUCACUACCCAGGACCCCCUGUCAUAGCCUGCCAGCCAGGACCCAACCAGCCAGCCUUCUACCAGGCCCAGUUCAUGCCUUCACCCAGCUACCCUCCCUACACCAUAGUAAGAGAGUAUCAGAGUAUCAGUAUAGAGCAACAAAAAAAAACAAGUGUAAAUGUGCUGUCAAACACACAUACUUUUUCAUGUGGUGGUGGUGGUGGUGGUGGUGGAAGGGGGGAAAUUUAUUAGAUAUACAGUAAGUUUAUAACAGAUUUGCACAUUAAAUUACUCCUCAUAGCUUUAUUGAAUCACAGGACAUGAUUCACGUACGGUUCAAAAAUGUAUUCCCUUAUGGCCACGCGAGACUACUUCCGGAUUUAACAAUAGAUCUAAAUAUUUUCCUGUGUUGUAAUGAAAGUAAUGUGCUUGGAUCGACAGUGUGCCAUUUCUAUUUUAAAUCUCGAUUCAAAAUCAAGAAUGUCCACUAUUUUAAUGGGUUAUUGUGUCCAUGCAUGUUUGCCUCUGUUGUGUUUCAGUACAUGAACGGCCCUCCACUGGGGGAUGAGCGGCCUCCCCUGCCCAAGGACUACAUGGUGGAGUCCCUGCUGGUCACCAUCUUCUGCUGCCUCAUGAGUGGCCUCAUUGCCCUUAUGUAUUCAUAUGAGGUAACUCAAGUACACUAUAUCCUUAGUGCACUAACAAAGGCCUGGCUGUGAAAUGAAUUAAGGCAGAGAGUGGGCAUGAGUUUCAGUGUAGGUGUAGUAGAAUCCUAAGAAUGCAGUGAUACUAUCAAGGCCUUCCUUACGCCAAUGAUGACAUAACAAGAUGUCUGAUUCAGUAGAAGGAAAGUUAUGGAAAGUUCAAUUCUUUUGAUUUUCAAUUGUACCCUAUCAGACAUCUUCAAACAAUGCAUAUGCCUGUUGGCUACAGACCAUGUCCUGACUGAGCUGGUUGUGUCUCCCCUCUGCUCUAGACCCGUGCUGCUCUGGCCAGAGGGGACAUGAGGGAGGCAGAGAGGGCUUCCCAGAAGGCCCGUCUGCUGGUGCUGUUCAGCCUAAUGUUUGGGGUGUUUGUUUGUGUGGGCUGGAUCAUAUAUGUAGUGAUAUCUCUCUGUGCAUAGCCGACACGGUAAGGCCCUGCCUCCACUUUCGAUUUGCACCUGAUACACAUCUACUCAUUUAUAUUUUAGUCAUUUAGCAUACGCUCUUAUGCAGAGUGACUUCCAGUUAUUGCAUUCAUCUUAAGAUAGCUAGGUGGGACAACAACAUACACUACAUGACCAAAAGUAUGUGGACACCUGCUCUUCGAACAUCUCAUUCCAAGAUAAUGGACAUUAAUAUGGAGUUGGUCCCCCCUUUCCUGCUAUAGCAACCGCCACUCUUCUGAGAAGGCUUUCCAAUAGAUGUUGGAACGUUGCUGCAGGGACUUACUUCCAUUCAGCCACAAGAGCAUUAGUGAGGUUGGGCACUGAUGUUGGGCGAUUAGGCCUGGCUCGCAGUUGGCAUUCAAAUUCAUUCCAAAGGUAUUCAAUGGAUUUGAGGUCAAUGCUUUGUGCAGGCCAGUCAAGUUCUUCCACACCGAUCUCGACACACCAUUUCUGUAUGGACCUUGCUUUGUGCACGAGGGCAUUGUCAUGCUGAAACAGGAAAUGGCCUUCCCCAAACUGUUGCCACAAAGUUGGAAGCACAGAAUCGUCUAGAAUGUCAUUGUAUGCUGUAGCGUUAAGAUUUCCCUUCACUGGAAAUAAGGGGCCUAGCCCGAAUCAUGAAAAACAGCCCCAGACCAUUAUUCCUCCUCCACCAAACUUUACAGUUGGCACUAUGCAUUGGGGCAGGUAGCGUUCUCCUGACAUCCGCCAAACCCAGAUUCAUCCGUCGGACUGCCAGAUGGUGAAGCGUUGUUCAUCACUCCAGAGAACACGUUUUCACUGCUCCAGAGUCCAAUGGCGGCGAGCUUUACACCACUCCAGCCGACGCUUGGCAUUGAGCAUGGUGAUCUUAGGCUUGUGUGCGGCUGCUUGGCUCACGACGAAUAGUUAUUGUGCUGACGUUGCUUCCAGAGGCAGUUUGGAACUCGGUAGUGUGUGUUGCAAGACGUGACCGGGGCAGCUCUAGCAGGGCAGAAAUUUGACGAACUCACUUGCUGGAAAGGUGGCAUCCUUUGACGGUGCAACGUUGAAAGUCACUGAGCUCUUUAGUAAGGCCAUUCUACUGCCACUGUUUGUCUAUGGAGAUUGCAUGGCUAUGUGCUCGAUUUUAUAAAUCUGUCAGCAACGGGUGUGGCUGAAAUAGCCGAAUCCACUAUUUUGAAGGGGUGUCCACAUACUUUUGUAUAUAUAGUGUAUCUCAGUUAUAAUAAGUAUAUCUUUCCUCAAUAAAGUUGCUAUCAGCAAAUUCAGUAAGGGGGGAAAAGUCAAUUGCGAGUGUUAGUUCACAAAAGGCUUUUUUUUUUACUCAGGUUGGGGUGUAGGGUUUGAGCAUAGUCUGAAGGUAGGGAAGGGCAAUUCCUCUUGCUGCUCCGCAGGCAAGUACCAUGGUGUUGUAGUGGAUGCGAGCUUCGACUGGAAGCCAGUGGAGUGUGCGGAGGAGCGGGGUGACAUGGGAGAACUUGGGAAGGUUGAACACCAGGCGGGCUGCAGCGUUCUGGAUAUGUUGCAGGGGUUUGAUGGCACAAGCUGGGAGCCCAGCCAACAGCGAGCUGCAGUAUUCCAGACGGCAGAUGACAAGUGCCUGGAUUCCUGUGUGAGGUAGGGUCGUACUCUGCGGAUGUUGUAGAGCAUGAACCUGCAGGAGCGAGUCACUGCUCUGAUGUUUGCAGAGAACGACAGGGUGUUGUCCAGGGUCACACCAAGUUUCUUUGCACUCUGGGAGGGGGACACCGAUGAGUUGUCAAUCGUGAUGGAGAGGUCUUGGAGCAGGCAUGCCUUCCCCGGGAGGAAGAGCAGCUCCGUCUUGCUGAGGUUGAGCUUGAGGUGUUUGGCCAACAUUCAAGCUGAGAUAUCUGCCAAGCAUGCAGAGAUGCAUGUCACCAAAUGGGUGUCAGAAGGUGGGAAGGAGAAAAGUAGUUUAAGGUCAUCCACAUAGCAAUGAUAGGAGAGACCAUGUGAGGAUAUGAGGGAGCCGAGUGACUUGGUGUAUAGAGCGAAAAGGAGAGGGCCUAGAACCGAGCCCUAGGGGACGCCAGUAGUGAGAGUACGUGGUGCACCCUCUAGAAUGUACAGGCACUAUAGAUAAACAUAACUGUAAUGACAUUUCAAAUAUACAUAAACAUGUACGUAUAUUCCCCGAUUUGCUGGACAAAUGACCUAUAGCACUUAUUUUAAAUGCGGUUUGAAGCUAUUUUUUUCUUUGUUUAUUUGAAAUGAAAUCAUAAUUUUAAUGCCAAGCAUGCCAGAUAAAAUACUUUAUACGCAUGAACAUGUCGAUGCCGUACUCAUAAAACGAUUAGAAAUAGGAGAGUAUGUUGUGUCAAACAGUGAAUUACCAGUAUGCCGGCCCAGACGGCAUCCCAAGCUGCAUCCUCGGAGCAGUGUUUAAAGACAUAUUCAACCUCGUGCCUAUCUCAGUCUGUUUUCCCCACUUCCUUCAAGAUGUCCACCAUUGUUCCUGUACCCAAGAAAGCUAAGGUAACUGAACCAAAUGACUAUCGCCCCGUAGCACUCACCUCUGUCAUCAUGAAGUGCUUUGAGAGGCUAGUUAAGGAUCAUAUCACCUCCAACUUACCUGACUCCUUAGACCCACUAUGAUUUGCAUACCGCCCCAACAGAUCCACGGACGACACAAUCGCCGUCGCACUGCACUCCGCCCUAUCCCACCUGGACAAGAGGAAUGACUAUGUGAGAAUGCUGUUCAUCGACUAGAGCUCAGCUUUCAACACCAUAGUGCCCUCCAAGCUCAUCACUAAGCUAAGGACCCUGGGUCUGAACUCCCACUAAAACUGGAUCCUGGACUUCCUGACAGGCUGACCCCAGGUGGUGAGGUUAGGCAACAACACCUCUUCCACACUGAUCCUCAAGAAGGGGCUCCCCAGGGGUGUGUGCCCAGCCCCCUCCUGUACUCCCUGUACACCCAUGACUGUGUGGCAUAUAUUAUAUUGUUUACUAACUGUGUAUGUAUACUGUAUUCUCAACAUAGCUCAUCCUAAUAUACCUACUACUGUACAUACAAUUAUUUCCAAGUUAUAUACUGUCUAUACACACCACUUAUUUAUAUUCUGGAUUCUGACACUGCUCACUCUAAUAUAUCUACUUGGAUUGUUAAUUGGACUCAUUCUGACAUUUCUUGAUUUCUUAUUUAGAUCUUUUGAUUAUUUGUGUAUUUGCUAGACAUUCUACUGCACUGUUGGAGCUAGUAACAUAAGCAUUUCGCUGCACCUGCUAUAACACCUGCAAAUCUGUGUAAGCGACCAAUAAACUUUUAUUUGAUGUGUUACAGGAUGUUGGACAUAAAGUUAAAUCUUACAUAAAGAAGAGAAUGAUUACAUUCGAUCUGACUGACUGCUACACCAGAAUAUUAGCUUAAGAACAACUUGAGCUGACGACCACAUAACCGGAUUGUGUCCAAAUAAAGCAUACUUUUUUAUUACAUCCUACAUAUUUUCAUUCACUCAGCAUGGCUUGUAAACAGGCAAUAAAUACAUUGACAGUAAAGGCAGAAAAGGGUCAAAACAAGACAUGCCAAAACAGUCACAGCAGCAAUGGUACAAACCAGGUUUGGGCUCAGAAUUGCAUGCAUGUGUAUACUUGUGUUUGCUUUGGUACUAAUAAGGUCUGAGCAAUAAAUAUACAGCCAUUAAAACUUUGGAUUACAAUUUUUUAAAAGAGGCUUUGCAGUGGACAGAGUAGUCUGACCAACUCCUGCCAGUAUCACAUAACAUGCAGCAGCCUAGGUCCUGUCUGAAGCCACUGAGAUCACAGAAAGACAACUGAAGGAACAGUAACAUGUUUAAGAAACAGAAGAGCAAAAGAGCAAACUAAAAAAGGGACACAAAUGGGAAUUUUGCUCACCACAGAUACUUAAAUGAUAACAAGUUAUAGUCUUGCAUGCCAAAAUGUAUGUUCUAUGUUAGAUCUGGCUUUUCUUCUUCAAAAGAAGUGUCCAAGCAAACAGGAGAGUGUGGACAUUGUGGUGUGUACAAUACAUUCUAUUACUUAUAGCAGAUGGAAACAGCUCUCUCCCAUCAUUGUAAGGCAGUUAGUAAACGACUAGGAGUGCUUCAAAUCUUCGCUGUGAGAGUGAGUACAUUUCCAGUUAGUCACUAAGCAGGGCAUACGGCCAUGAAAUGUUUCAGUGCCAGGUAGUGGUAGAGCUGUGCAGGGAAAUGCCAUAGGAAUGUGGACUAACCAGAGGUGCACAGGGUGUAUGGAAUAUGUUUUAGACGUACAGUACCCUAAUAGUAUUUGGAAUGGAAAAGAUUGGUGCAUUGGUGCAUGCAUUGGUGCAUAUAGUUUAAACAGGUGCUACUGAGUGGGUAGGCUAUGACGCUAGUAAGAAGCUUCACACCUGCUUUAGGUCACCUAAAAUAAAAUCAAAAAGUCUGAAUAAUACAGGGGAUUUCAGUAUGUACUGAUCUGCUAUCUUAAUUUGACCACUCUGUUGUCGCAGAGAAUUUUCCAGCGCAGCAGGAAAUGCAAAUUGUAGUGUAUUCAAGGUUUAAAAGGCUUCUAAAGUUUGUAAUUUCCAUUUUAAAAUGCCAGACUUGAUUUGCCCUAUUGAAAAAAUUUAUCAGCCCCUACAAAAAUGUCCCUUAACUAUAAUCCACAUAAUCAUUUACAUUUCUUGUUGCUGCAGGAUAAUUUUCCUGCGGUGAGAAGCAGGGUGAAAUUAAGAUAAUCUGUAAACGUCUUACACUUCAGAAUUUUCUGCCAAGUUGUCAUGGUAACCAUUCAUCCAUAUUCAAUGUAGUGCAUUUGGCUUCAUAAUCACCAAUGAUUUCAUGCAGUCCUCGUGCGUAAAGAAUGUACAGUGGGUGUGUUUGCUUGUUUGAAUUUGUCGAUGUCUGCAUGUUUGAAGGCAUGUGAGUGCAAUUUUGUGUGUGUGUGUUUGUGUGUGUGUCUGUCUGUCCAUGUAUUUCUUUGAGUGUAGUUUCUUUAGCUGAGCAGCUCCAGGUAUGUGACAGGCACUUUCCCUUUCUGGUUCCCUCUCUCUCCAACAAGCCAGUCAGAGUCCAUGCCUGGCACUGUGUAAACUGUGAUUAGCUGGGAAAAGACAAAAUAACAUACAGUAGUGUAUUAAUAGUGCUUCAGCAGUGUUAAUACAAUGCAACUGUACAUGAGCCAGCAACCAGUCCACAUAUUCUAGCCUUUCACGGACACACCUGAUUAAACUAAUCACUGGUGUGCAGAAAGAAAGGAUUGUGUGCUCACCUCGUCAGCCAGUAGGGAGAGCUCACUGGUGUCGGCAGCGUCGUAGUCGUACAGGACCUUGGCCUUGCGUGUGCCCGUGGCAGGAGCCUGUACCUCUUCGAUUUUCAGUGUGUCUGUCUCCACAGCGCUGGCAGUGUCCAGGGGUAGGGUGGCAUUCCCCUGGGGAGAGGAGCCACCGGAGGCCAUGGAGAGGCCCGGGUUACCAGCAAACGCGUUGGGAAACCUGCAGAGGUUUAGGGAGAGAAGACAGUCGUAAGGUACACAGCACAUUCCCUAAGGAAUAAUAAGACUUCAUGUUUGAUUUAGAAAAACGGUGAACAUAAAUAUGUUGAGUAAAGGUGACUUCAACUGUAAUCGUCAUCAAAUGUUACUUACACAUCUCCAUUGGAACUGAAAGCAUAAGAGAUAACAGUGGAGACGGUCAUUGAUAAACAGCUUGCAGCAAAUGAAAGCCAGCCAUAGACACCCCAGCUAAGUGUGCCCAAUAUAAAUGCUCUGCAUCUACCCAGAGCCAGUCCUCACCUGCCCAGCUCUUUCUGCAGGUCUUGCAUGUGCAGGUAACACUGCUUGUAAUAGGCUGUCUGCGCCUCCACAAACUCAUGCAGGCAGCGCAGGUGGUUCACCUACAGACAACAUAUCCAAAACACAGACAAGACAACCUCAACAUACCCUGUGACCACCAUGUUAAAACAGCAUAAUACAUGGUAAACAGUGCAUAUGCUAAAGAGAAUGGUUUUGUGUAGUGGUCAUGUUUGUCCACUCCACAUGUGUGACAUCAUGACUCACGUGUGUACUGCUGAUGCCCUCCAGCAGGAGCCGUGUGACCUCUGCCUGUCUGUCAAACUCUGUCUGGGCCACUCGAAGUUCAUGCGCUGCCUACAGAACAACAAAAACACAGAACGAGAUAUCAUGUAAUUAUGGCUGUGGCGGUUACGAAAUUUCGUCAGCCGGUGAUUGUCGAGCAAAUAACUGUCGGUCUCACCGUAAUUGACGUUAAUUAACAUAAACACAUUUAGCAUCUCCUGGCUUCCACACAUAGCCUACAAGCCACUGAUGCAGACCUUUGAAACAUCUACAUUUUAAAAAGUAUAAUAAAUCCAUGUUACAGUGAGGGAAAAAAGUAUUUGAUCGCCUGCUGAUUUUGUACGUUUGCCCACUGACAAAGACAUGAUCAGUCUAUAAUUUUAAUGGUAGGUUUAUUUGAACAGUGAGAGACAGAAUAACAACAAAAAAAUCCAGAAAAACGCAUGUCAAAAAUGUUAUAAAUUGAUUUGCAUUUUAAUGAGGGAAAUAAGUAUUUGACCCCUCUGCAAAACAUUACUUAGUACUUGGUGGCAAAACCCUUGUUGGCAAUCACAGAGGUCAGACAUUUCUUGUAGUUGGCCACCAGGUUUGCACACAUCUCAGGAGGGAUUUUGUUCCACUCCUCUUUGCAGAUCUUCUCCAAGUCAUUAAGGUUUCGAGGCUGACGUUUGGCAACUCGAACCUUCAGCUCCCUCCACAGAUUUUCUAUGGGAUUAAGGUCUGGAGACUGGCUAGGCCACUCCAGGACCUUAAUGUGCUUCUUAUUGAGCCACUCCUAUGUUGCCUAGGCCGUGUGUUUUGGGUCAUUGUCAUGCUGGAAUACCCAUCCACGACCCAUUUUCAAUGCCCUGGCUGAGGGAAGGAGGUUCUCACCCAAGAUUUAAUGGUACAUGGCCCCGUCCAUCGUCCCUUUGAUGCGGUGAAGUUGUCCUGUCCCCUUAGCAGAAAAACACCCCCAAAGCAUAAUGUUUCUACCUCCAUGUUUGACGGUGGGGAUGGUUUUCUUGGGGUCAUAGGCAGCAUUCCUCCUCCAAACACGGCGAGUUGAGUUGAUGCCAAAGAGCUCGAUUUUGGUCUCAUCUGACCACAACACUGUCAUCCAGUUCUCCUCUAAAUCAUUCAGAUGUUCAUUGGCAAACUUCAGACGGGCCUGUAUAUGUGCUUUCUUGAGCAGGGGGACCUUGCAGGCGCUGCAGGAUUUCAGUCCUUCACGGCGUAGUGUGUUCCCAAUUGUUUUCUUGGUGACUAUGGUCCCAGCUGCCUUUAGAUCAUUGACAAGAUCCUCCCGUGUAGUUCUGGGCUGAUUCCUCACCGUUCUCAUGAUCAUUGCAACUCCAUGAGGUGAGAUCUUGCAUGGAGCCCCAGGCCGAGGGAGAUUUACAGUUAUUUUGUGUUUCUUCCAUUUGCGAAUAAUCGCACCAACUGUUGUCACCUUCUCACCAAGCUGCUUGGUGAUGGUCUUGUAGCCCAUUCCAGCCUUGUGUAGGUCUACAAUCUUGUCCCUGAUAUCCUUGGAGAGCUCUUUGGUGUUGGCCUGGUGGAGAGUUUGGAAUCUGAUUGAUUGAUUGCUUCUGUGGACAGGUGUCUUUUAUACAGGUAACAAACUGAGAUUAGGAGCACUCCCUUUAAGAGUGUGCUCCUAAUCUCAGCUCGUUACCUGUAUAAAAAGACACCUGGGAGCCAGAAAUCUUUCUGAUUGAGAGGGGGUCAAAUACUUAUUUCCCUAAUUAAAAUGCAAAACUAUUUAUAACAUUUUUGACAUGAGUCUUUCUAGAUGUUUUGUUGUUAUUCUGUCUCUCACUGUUCAAAUAAACCUACCAUUAAAAUUAUAGACUGAUCAUUUCUUUGUCAGUGGGCAAACGUACAAAAUCAGCAGGGGAUCAAAAACGUUUUUCCCUCAAUAGCCUACACCUUCACAAUAAAUCCAUUAUUUAUUUUAUACAUGUCUAAAGAAGCAAGAUAUGAAGAAAAUGUAGUCUAUUUCAGAAGAACAAAAUAGCAUACUAUGAGUUGUCCUUAUGUUAGGUCCUGAUCUGGCUAUGCCAAAUGACUGUGGGCUACACUGGUUUAUUUAGCAGACAAGAUUUGCAUUAUUUUAUAGUAUGUAGAAUACAAUUGAACAAAGCUGAAUAAAAUAUAAAUGAUAUUUUCUCCAAAUGACUUGAGUGCGCACAUGUGGCUAUUCUUGUGUUGAGCGGUUAACAAAGAAAUAGGUAUUCCUUUAUGCUUAAAGUUAUUUAUGUAACUUCAGGUGUUCUACAAACGUUGGGCUAUAUGUUUAGAUUUUUUAUAAAUUAGGCAACUCUAAUGAUGAUUUGAAAAAAGUUGCUUGAAAGGCAUGAGCUCUGCAGUUUUUUUGCGCAGGCUGUACACACUUUAUCAGUCUCUCGUUCAGAAUUUGACAAGCACUUGAUAAUGCCUUGAAUUUCACGGCGGCAUCCCCUUUGUGUGGCCGUAAUGCACCCUAAACAAAAUCCAUGCCUUUUGCGGCCAGUGGCCGUUGUGCCCUUGGCCCGGAGUGCUGCGAACUCCGAAGCACCUCUCAUUCACAUGGCUCUCCAUCACGUGAUCGGGUCUUUCUCACAGGCUACAAGUGAAGACAGACACAUCGGGGACGCAACUGCGCAUGUCCUUAUCCAAUUCCAAGGUGCAUAUUGAAGAUAUUGGAAGAACUGUCCACAUUUACUUUUCGUCAGCCAACAAGAUGAGUAGGCCUAACGAACAGCAAAAGCACUAGCCUAUGUCAAUCUACUAUCCCCCAUAGUACAAAAGUUGACCUAUUCUAUGCGAGAAAUAAAUAUUCCAAACAUAGUCUGGGACAGUUGUGGGAUGCGAUAGAUCCCAAAUUAAUUUUUACGCAAUGUGGCUGACACAACAGAUCAGAAUGUUUAGCUUUAAAUGUUGAUAAACUAUUAGGCUAUUUCUUCACAUUAUAAGUGCAGCAAAGCGCACAGGUGCAUUUUUAUGGUGGAAAUUAUCUUCCCUAAACUUGAAACUCACACGCUGCUUAUUUUUAUUUAUGUUAUUUUAUUUUACCUUUAUUUAACUAGGCAAGUCAGUUAAGAACAAAUUCUUAUUUACAAUGACGGUCUACACCGGCCAAACCCGGACGAUGCUGGGCCAAUUGUGCGCCGCCAUAUGGGACUCCCAAUCACGGCCGGUUGUGAUACAGCCUGGAAUCGAACCAGGGGGUCUGUAGUGACGCCUCAAGCACCGAGAUGCAGUGCCUUAGACCACUCUGGAGUUUAUGUAUGCCAGUUAGGCUUAACACCCCUGUAAAGCGGAUUAAUGUGCUUAAUUUUAAGAAGUUAUUUGGCCGCUUUAGUUGUGAUACAAUCCUUAUUAAAACAUAUAGGCCUAUGGGCUAGGCUACAUGAGGUGUGCGACUAUGAUUUUAAAAAGUUGCAAUAAAAGGCAUUGUUUCUUGCCUUGUGCUGGGCAUCAUUCACAAAUGAUAAUAUAUCAUUCAUAAGUGAUAGGCUAAUAUUGUCACCCAUCAGACUAUUCUUGAUUUAAUCUAAAUAAUAUAUGUGUGAAAUUUGUUUUCAUUUAGAAUGGACCUCUGUAGCUCAAUUGGUAGAGCAUGGCACUUGUAACGCCAGGGUAGUGGGUUCGAACCCAGGGACCACCCAUACAUGAAAAUGUAUGCACACAUGACUGUAAGUUGCUUUGGUUAAAAGCGUCUGCUAAAUGGCAUAUUAUAUUAUUAUAUUAUCAUGCACCCGUCUCGAAACAGGGGCAGUGGGAAAAAAUACAUGUAAUCUAUGCACUUAAAUAGCAAAUGGAGGACGAUUUUCCCAUGGUUCAUUUUCAUGCCAGCCAGGUAGGCUAUACUCCUGUUGUAAAGAUAAGCAAUGUGCUUAAUAUUAGGAAAGUUGAGAAAUAAAUAUAGUAGGCCUAGCCUAUAGAAAGCUGAUGGGAUCUCGUGCAAUUGCAUAGACUAUAGAAAUGUUGCGCAACAUGAACUCAUGGGCUCUCAUGAAGCGUUUCAUUAGAAUUUCGAUUACAUUUGCAUUGAUGUCAGAGUGAUUAGAGGGACAACAGAGUGCUGAGUAACAGCCAGUUAUCAAGUUUGUUAUGCUACUAAUGACGAUCAGCAGCAUCAGAGCUUGGAGAAGCCUAAUUACCGUGACCAAACGGUCACGUUCAAUUUGACUGCCUUCAUGACUCGUGACCGCUGGUGUGGCGGUAACACCUACAUGUAAUAUUACAUCACCCCAUUGUCCUUUAUCAGCUGUUUUGUUUUUGUGUCCACCUGUGUGAACUCUGGGGGUGAUAACUUGUGGAAAGAGACACUAUCUAGAAACAAAGAUAAAAAGUAAAUAAAUAAUUUAUUUAGACAGUACGUGAGGAUGGUGUCCAAACAUGUCAUACUCACUUUGUCCACCUCCUCACUCCAGAGCUGAAAAGCCACAGCACAACAAGAGAGGGGAGAGAGAGACACAUUCUGAUGACAUCACAGGGGAGACACACACAUUCUUAGAUUGGAUUGAGACUGAUGACAUGACAGUUAAGAAACAUACGUUUUCAACCCAAGAGUGCAUUCAGAACAGCAGCUUUUGCCAAAUAUUCUGGUACUGUGUUCAGAGUACAUUUUAUCUGGAUAAUUUGAAGUGAAACACCUGUGAAGAUAUUUACACUACUUUUGUGGGUGUGUCCGAAAAGUGUCACAUAGAUAGAUAAUGGACUACCGUAAAACUAUGCCGAAAGCAAUCUGGUGAUGUUAAUAAAUAUGUCUCAUGGUGUGUCUUGUAUACAACCCUGGUUGUCAUGGGUGACAACACAAAGACAGACAUGAUUAACAUUAUAGUGACUUAUACUCCAAGACGAUAUUCACGUCAUAAGAAGGACCACGCCCACAAAUAGGGGAAAACAAACAUUAUUUUCCAAUGACCCCAUUGUAAAAGAGCCAACUUUGUCAUAUCUGUAUCUGUGUAGAGAAUAUCUUGCGAGUUUACGUGAAUGGUUCGCUACACAGAUCUCUGUCUGUGUAGUGAACAAUUCAUGAAAGCUUGUUAGAUCAGGGUGGCUCGCGAGGCAACCCCAGGACCAGGAUUGGGAAACACUGCUCUAGGACCUCUAGGGGGAGCUGCACUCUCAACAGUAGGCUGUAGUCUCUAUCUGCCUGCAACAUGACGCAUGUGUACACUGAGUGUAUGGAGAGGCUGCUCGAGGGUAUGAGCACACUGAGGGUCAGUGAGAGUAGGCUACAUGUACAGUGUUAGUGUAGAGUGGACUGGCUGUUUAAGCUCCUUACCGCAGAUGCACUGGCAGAGAGGACAUAAUUCCUGGGUCUGGUCUCCUGAAAAUCAGGCACAGCCUACAGACAUGGCAGAGGAGUUUACACAUACAGUAUGGUGUGCACCAAACCAAAGAAACAAAUCAACAAACAAAACAAAAAAAUUAAGAAUGUCAUGUGACAGGAAAGCACACAUAGCAAAAACGAAACCCUUUGUUCUUUGCUUGCUGAUAUACAGAGACAAGUCUGAGACCGGUCCAAAUAUCUUUCAACACCUGCAUAUCUCCUGGGGAGUCCCAAGCCACGUUAGACUAGAAUGUUAAUGGUUAUGCAGCAUGUGUAAAUAAACACAGCAGGAUGUGAGAUCAUUAUCUGUACACAGCCUGUCAUGUGUCAUAGCCCAUAAAGGAAGCCAACCUUCAACCAUCAUGUCAUUCACCAUCAGUAUACCUGGACAAUAGUUCCUGUCUUCACAGAGGCUAAGCUAUAAUAUAAUGGAGUAUAGAGGAACUGGAACUGUGAAUGCUAUAUCUGGGUGAUGAGUUGUUGGUUUGAUCUUUAAUGUAUAUUUUAUGUAAAUGUAUGAGUAUGUGGAAAAUCCCAAAGUAAAUAAAGUAUCAAAAGACAAAUGUUUUGCAGGAAAGAAAUACACUACAUGACCAAAAGUAUGUGGACACCUGUUCGUCGAACAUCUCAUUCCAAAAUCAUGGGCAUUAAUAUGGAGUUGGUCCCAUUCAGCCACAAGAGCAUUAGUGAGGUCGGGCACUGAUGUCGGGCGAUUAGGCCUGGCUCGCAUUCGGCGUUUCAAUUCAUCCCAAAGGUAUUUGAUGGGGUUGAAGUCCGGGCUCUGUGCAGGCCAGUGAAGUUCUUCCACACCUAUCUCGACAAACCAUUUCUGUAUGGACCUCGCUUUGUGCACAGGGGCAUUGUCAUGCUGAAACAGGAAAGGGCCUUCCCCAAACUGUUGCCACAAAGUUGGAAGCACAGAAUCGUCUAGAAUGUCAAUGUAUUCUGUAGUGUUAAGAUUUCCCUUCACUGGAACUAAGAGGCCUAGCCCGAACAAUGAAAAACAACCCCAGACCAUUAUUCCUCCUCCACCAAACUUUACAGUCGGGCUGGUAGCGUCCUCCUGACAUCCGCCAAACCCAGAUUCGUCCGUCGGACUGCCAGAUGGUGAAGUGUGAUUCAUCACUCCAGAGAACGCAUUUCCACUGCUCUAGAGUCUAAUGGCGGUGAGCUUUACACCACUCCAGCCGAUGGUUGGCAUUGCGCAUGGUGAUCUUAGGCUUGUGUGCGGCUGCUCGGCCAUGGAAACUCAUUUCAUGAAGCUCCUGACGAACGGUUCUUGUGCUGAUGUUGCUUCUAGAGGCAGUUUGGAACUCGGUAGUGAGUGUGGCAAACAGAGGACAGACGAUUUUUACGCGCUACAACACUCAGCGGUCCCGUUCUGUGAGCUUGUGUGGCCUACCACUUCGCGGCUGAGCUGUUGUUGCUCCUAGAAGAUUCCACUUCACAAUAACAGCACUUACAGUUGACUGAGGCAGCUCUAGCAGGGCAGAAAUUUGACGAGCUGACUUGUUGUAAAGGUGGCACCCUAUAACGGUGCCACUAAGCUCUUCAGUAAGGCCAUUCUACUGCCAAUGUUUGUCUAUGGAGAUUGCAUGGCUGUGUGCUCAAUUUUGUACACGUGUCAGCAACGGUUGUGGCUGAAAUAGCCAAAUCCACUAAUUUGAAGGGGUGUCCACAUACUUUUGUAUAUAUAGUGUAAGUAGGCUAAACAAACAAAUACAUAUUUCAAAAAUAGCAUGCCUUCAUGUGGCAAUUACCAUGCAUACAGGUUUCAAAUAUCUGAUUUGAUAUUAGUCUACAACUGAAAGAAAAUGUAUUUCCUCUGUAUAUCUGUUUAUUUACUCAUGUUAUUACAGAAAAACAACUACUCAAAUGGCUAAUACAAUGGCUUAUCAAAUCAGAUCUUUGAGCUGAAGGAAAAACUCAGCCAAAAAUCUAAACAUUUCAAAUGCUCUGAGUGGGAGCAGGGAAUGUGAGGUGAAGCUAGACAUUCACUGGUCAUGGUAUAAUAGCGCAAGCAUGUUAGCAAUCAGGACUCUCAACCCCAGUCAUCUGCACUCACAUGGGACAGGGCCUCUCCUCUCACUACUGGUCUCAAAUAGGCCUUUGUGAUUUAAUGAGGGGAUAGAUUUGGAAAUUGGAUGCAGUUUGUCACUUUGGAACCAUAAACUAGUCCAAUUUAAAGGCAUUUUCCAAAUACUUUUGUGUACUACUCAGUUUUGUUGACUCUAGGGUCAUAUAUGGGUUUGCUCCAGUGUACCAUGCCACAAGUUAAUUUCAUUCACUUUCAAGACAACUCUAGUCUGUUUUUGUUUUUUUCCUCUCUUGGCUUCUCAUUGAGCAAUGCUUGGAAAACAAACAUGGAUUCAACUGGAUUUCAUGGUGGCAAUGAGCAUGUCAGAAAGAAAAAGGGAAAAUAAAGAACUAAAGUGGACAAUAUUUUACACUAAUACUCACUUCUCCCUCACACUGUGAACAUAAUUAGAACAGAGAAAGAUGUUAGUUAGCAGUAGCAGUUCACGCUGAACUGGAGGCUGGUUACAUGAUGCAGCUGAAGGGGCACAGGGAGAGGUGGAGGGCAGGGGGUAGAGGGGGGACUCACCGCGGCCUUGGACUCUGCUAGUUUGGCUUUCUUCAGCCGUGCUUUACAGGAGUCCAGGUCCAGUCUGCGGUUCUCCAGGAGACGCCUCUCUUUCUGAGACAGGGAGGAGAAGAUCAGCAACUCUCUGCACGGCAUAACCCCACACAUACAGGCUAUGUUUAACUUGGCUAGGCCCUUAAGUCCUGCUACAUCCAUACAGUAAUAAGUAGUAAAGUAAAUCCCAAGGUGUUGAUUAGCAUUGUAUUCAAUCCUGGUCUAUACACUGGUCUGCAUGCAAUCCCAAGAUGUCCCUCUGAGGCCAGAAAGCCAGACUCACUGAGAUGGUCCUCCAGUCUCCUUCCAGAAAGUUCCUGAGUGGGGCAAGGAAGCUGAUAGCGGAGGUCUGUAGGAACUCUCUCUGUGCACCGCCUAGUCUCCUCUCACAGUCGCCUACCUUGAUCAGGGUGUUACCUAUAGCACACACACACACACACACACACACACACACAAUGAGCAUAUGAUGAACCCACACACAAUAUGUGAAAUAUAGGUCUAAGUGUCUGACUUAUUACUUAGGAAUGACUUAAUACUUAUCAGAGAAAUGACUUAAUACUUAUCAGAGGAAUACAGAUAGACAAAGUCGAGACCAAUAGGACUUGGUAGUGCAACACAACCAGUUUAGGAUCUCAAACAUUAAAGCUGCAAUAUGCAACUUUUUGGGUCACCCAAAUUCACAUAGAAAUGUGUGUAAUAGAUCUGUCAUUCUCAUUGAAAACAAGUCUAAGAAGCGGUAGAUCUGUUCAAUGUGCGCUAUUUCUAUGCUUCCUGUUCUUAAGUUUCGUUUCUGUGUCUUUUACAUGCCCAACUACUUAAUACCUGUGAAAGUGGGAAGGAAACAGAGAGGGAACCUCCAGAGUAGCAACAUUCUUGACAUGACCUAUCAAAAAAAGCAGAAACUCAAAUUCCCCCUUUGAACGUUGUGGUUUCCUCAGAUGUAAAACAGACUAAAGGAGUACAGGGAUACCUGCUGAAUACCACAUAGCAAGGAUAAUAGCAUCAAACAGGCCUACUACUUGUGUAAUUUGAAGUAUGAAUAUCUGUGUAGGUUAUUUGUUGGAAAACAUGGACAGACUGCAUUCUUAUACUGAGGAACUAUAAUUGUUUUUCUACACGUCAUUGCUUUGAGGAGCCACUACUACACCCACACACAGAAGGUUGCAUCACUAAAACCCACAACUGAGAAACAGGCCACUAACGACCUGAUUAGAGCAGCUCAGUGCCCAUCUAGUUACUAUUGCAGGAGAGGAGAGAAUGGGAUUGAUGAGUGAUGUAUUGAUCUGUAUGCCAAUAAGGGGUUUCCACAGGGGUUUCCACUGCUCCACACAGCUGUCUGCUUUGUGACAUGAUGUACAAAUUAAUUAAUUAGAAAACAAAUGAUUUAAAAUCAUUCUAAAAUAAUGGAAUUAAUUUAUAAAUCAAAUCCUUGCUAAGCAGCAGUACUGCAGAGCUCUAAAUGAAACUGUACAUGGCCCAGUACUCAGGUCUCUGUGACUGAGUUACAUUUCUUCAACUGAAGGAGAAAAGCACCACAGACAGGCAGCCUAUGUGGUGAAUUAUUAGUAAUGAACUGUAGAGUUUAAUGGACUAUGAGGUAGAACUGGGUUAAUCAAGAGCAUAAAGUUAGAAUUCUUUGUUACUGGGCCAGGAAUUGUAUUGGGUCAUAAUUUCACUGUGUGGGUGAGUAGAGAGGGAAUCUGCCCUAGGGUCAAAUUGCUUGCUCUUACUUAAAUCCAUGGCUGUCUUAUCUGAUGAGAGACUGAAACUUGUCUCUCUCGUCAAACACAGUGAAGGGAGUGGCACCAGGGUUGAAUGGAGUUUGGGCUAGACCUUGGUCUCCUUGGUAUCUUCUUGAUUGAUUACAGCAUGAUGGGGUGAGGUUUGUGUAUGUUAGGUUUAGCCCCCCUCAGAGACAAAGGAAGUGGGCGUGGAGUGAUAAAGAGCGGGAAACUGAAGAGGGAGGGAUUUAGAGCUAGAAGAGUUGGGGAUGAUGGUAUAUAAUGUGAUGUAAGGGAGAGAGAACGGGGUGCCACUCUGCAGACUGGUAUCGGCUUUGUUGAAACUUUAAUAAAGUCAUUUCUUGAUGCAACAAAAACUAUGUAAGACCUUAUUUGUAAUACAGUAUAGUGGUUAUUUUCCACAACACCUAAUAAACUAAUUUCUGCAUAAACAUUCUGCGCAUCAGAGCCAAGCCUGCAGCUCUCAACAACAUCCACAUAGAAGAGAGAGAGAGUGAGAGAGAGAGAACUAUUGAUCCUCAGGACAGUGAAGGAGAGAGGCCGAUUUAUUGGCCUGACAGACAUGAGACAGCCUGGAGGGCAGGGAAGUGAAGGGGUGGGAGGAGACCAAUUCACUAACGCUCACAACAGCUAUCAUCACCAAUCUCACUGCUCACUCACCUUACGGUGAAAUCAUCAGUAUAAACAAAGGCUUUCGAAAGAGUUAUACACUACAAACUAUUGGAAAAAUACCAUAUGUUGGAGCUCAGAGCUUAAGAUUUUCACUGUACCCUGUAAUUACACCUGCAACCUGUGACUGACUUCUAAUGUAAUCUAAAAUCAAUAUCCUGUAUCAACUAUGGAGAUCUUUUCUCACAGGGAUAUACCACAAAUGGUUUGAGCUUUUCUUAUAGCAUGCAUAAGGGUGAGGUCACAGAGUGAAGAUGUAUUGGGUAAGUGUGUAAACGCACUUUCCAGAAAAUUGUAUUAAUGGAUUUGAAUGGGGCCCAAGGCACGGUGUCGGCUUCCUCUCUCAAAAAUGAAAUGAUCACUGGCCAAUCCGCUCAAACAAACCAGAUUUAGACCACCUGGGAAGAAUAAGUGUACACAAAGCCUGAGUCACACACCAUAUGGAGUUCCAGGUCCAAAAUCUUUUGCCGCAUCCUGCAUGUAAUGACCCAGUAGUUCUCCAUUAUUUGGUCUGGAGGGAACCGUUCUGUCAAGCUUCUCAUACAGGAACUCCUCAAUCCUGGCACCUGCAGAUAGAAAGAGGGGGCAUGCUUCAAGAGAGGCCUGGCAAAAAACAGUUGUCACUGAUGGACACUAUGAAACCUAGUCUGAGAAUGGAAAUUGGUGGGAGAGAAGAAUGCCAAAGCAAAGUAAGAAAAUGGCCAAAAUGAGAAUGUACAGUAUUGUAAUUCAACAUGGUGGGAACGAGGUGUAGAAUGAAGUCGUUGUGGAGAUAAAUGUUAUUUCACUCAGAUAAUGCCUUUGUAGAGAGACUAACAUAUUUAUCCCAAACAUGGUAAAUGCAUGUUUCUGAGGAAUGAAUUGCUGCAUGUUACAGCUGACACAGCUGUUGAGCUGCUCACUAAUAAGUAGGCUACCGCUUGCCAUAGAGGAUAAUCAACAGGUUUUCAUACCCACAGACCAAGUGUUAGAACAGACUGGUGCUUGAAAAUGCCCAAUACUGCAUAGAGCUGCACUACAGACCAUACGGAUGAAAAGAUUCCACAACAGGGCACUAUGGGAGGGAGGGAUACUCACCAGUGUGGUCAACUGUAGCAUGGAAAAUCAGAAAGUCACAGGUUAGAGCUCCCUGCUCUCUAUCACCAUGUAACCACCAUGUUUCACAUAAAACGUUUUUUUUUUUACAGUUUUAAUCUAAUGUGUUUUUGGUCCUUCUAUCCUGUGUAUAUGUGUGUGUGUUUGCAUUAAGUAGGGGUGGGAGUUCAGUGUGUAUGCCGGGCCUUACUUGGGUUGGGCUGCAGCAGACACUCUGUCUGCCUGAAGAUUUUCUCUGUCCAGUUUUUAGUGGAAUCAGCACGGCUGAGCAGACUCUCAAAAUGGGCAUCCAGCUCAGUCUUCUCUACCUGUCCAAACUUUUCCCCUGUGAACUUUGGCAAAAUACACAAUGA